ACUUACAACGCAAAGCAAUGUCUUUUAACGUAUUCUCUAUUCAUAGUAAUGAUACUUUCUGCGAGAUUUUUCAAAGAGAUUUCCCGGCCAUUAGAAGCCUUAACCGCCAUCAAAGAGAAAUCCAUGAGCGUGCAAGUAACCCAUACAUUGAUACUCCUACAAACGAUAACCGUCAUCCAGUAAAUGAAAUCGUUGAUGCCAAUGAUUAUUUUGAUAGCUUGGAUAAAGAUAAUAGUGAUAACUUUGCCUAUCCGUUUGAAUCUGAUGAUGAAUCUCUUUCUGAGUCUGGCGAUGAUGAAAUCGAGAGAUCUAAAACCUAUCAAAGUACAUCCGUCUUUAGCUCUAAUCCUUUUUAUCCUUUUAAAAAUGAAAUGGAAAUGAAAAUCCUGAUGUUCUUCAAGGGGUCGCAAGAUAGAUUUUCAAACAGAAUAGUAAAAAAAAAAAAAAAAAAAAAAAAAAAAAAAAAAACUGCAUUUGAAAUGGAUUUGAUUCAAAGAAGACCAGAUGGUUAUGAUCCUCUUAGUAACGUACCUAAGGAUGAUUGGAUUUGCAAAAGCCAUGAUAUUAAAAGAAAAUUCCCUCACCUUGAGGUUGACAAAACCAUCAUUCCAAAAGGAAACAAUCGAUCAGUCCAAUUAUUCUAUAUCAAACCAUCAAGCCAUUUGGGAUUGAGCAUGGCUAAUACCCAAAAGGUCAAUCAUCUCCAAUCUUUGCCCGAUUUCACUCCAAACCAGCGGUACCAUCCAAAUCAAGGACGUAAAUGGAAAGAUAAUUUUCACUUUCAAUCACCCAUGAUAACUAAAGAGAUGUCAAACAACCGUGAUGAUUUAUGGAUUGGUGACAUUGUUCGAACUUCUGGUGGUCAGCAACAAAUGUACAUCAUUGCCAAAUUUCUCAUUGCAAAUGGCCAACUCAUUGUCAAUGCUUUCCCCAUGAAGUUUCUCGAAAACUUUCAAAUCGCGGCUUUUAAUUCCGAAAGGGUGAACAUUGCAGUGUCUAGCAUUCUUUUGGUCAUGUCCAUAACAGAGUUCCUAGAGCAAUGUUAUCAAAAGCUACUGUCCAAGUUUAUUCGUAACGAUGGUGAAAUUGUAUUCACGCCCUUCAACCAAUUGUUACAUCCACACCAUACCAUGAUUAUUGAAAGUCUUGCAAUCUGUAAACGUGUACCAUAUAUCACCGCAAAUCAACAGAUGUCAGUUCGCAUAGUACCUAUUUCUUUGUUUUCAGACGAUACCAGUGGCAAUAGAUCAAAAAAGUGCAAUUGUUUUGACAGCUGUAUCAUGAGCGUUGCUGCUUUUCCUUUGUUCGAAAGCAACAAAUACGAGAACCACUUCUUUUUGAGCACUAAUAACCAUAAAGUAACUGCAAUGGAAAUGAUAAAACCGUUGACUGGAGAUUUGCUGGAAUUAGAAAAAGACGUGGUAAUAUAUGACUCCAAACGUCAAGAAAAUGUGUUUGUGAUUGCACCUGUCCUUUUCUUUCGAGGAGACAAUGUCCGUCAAGCUGAACUUGCAAUAAAUAAGGGCUUAAGAGCCAACCACCCUUGCCGAUUUUGCUACUGGCAAUCUGAUCCAGCUAAGCCAUUGACAACCGGGAAACAACCCAUCGCAUUAGAUUGUACUGCCGAAACAUACGCCGUUGCACCAAGAACGUCAAAAGAUUUCAACGAUUUCAUAAAUCCUGAAAAAACAGAGCGUGAUACUCCGAACAGAGGACGUGUAACAAAUCAAGGGGUUAUACAAGAUCCCGCGCAAUCUACCAACUGGAGUGAUCUUGGAUUCAAAAUGACAGGUGCCGAGGAGUUAUUGAAACUGAAGGCUAUGGAUCCGUCCCAAGAUCUGGCUGUUGGAAUUUUGCACACUUUACUGCUAGGAAUGACGAAGUAUUGCUUCAAGAUUGCACAUAACUAUUUUUUAAACGAUCACCAGCUGAAAGAGCUUACAGAGUUGUUUAGAAACUAUAAUUCAAAAGCGUUACAUCGUAAUCUGACUUCUUCUUUAACAGCUUAUGACUCAACGAUAUACGAAAAUGAACUUGAGUUUCUGGAUAACAAUGAUAGCAUAAGAAAACUGGUCUUAAGGCUUAAUGGCUUGUAUCGUAACGUUAGAAGCUCCAAGUCAAGCGGUUUGACUCUUGGUAGGGUAGCAUUUAAAGGAGGUCAAAACUUUAUAAUCGAGGCGUACGAUUUUGUUCUUCGAAACGUCAUUCCACAAGAUCAAGACACGUGUAUCUACAAAAGUUGCCUUUUAGACAUUGCUGGCAAUGUUGUAACUCGUAGAUUCCCUAACGAUGAUUUUACUAUUGCUGGUCAUGAACAAAAUCGCGUCGUUUUCGUGCUGGACAUGUCGCAACCUCCUUUGCUUGACUCGUCGCAUAAUAAUAGUUCUUCACUUUUGAGUAUUAACAAGCCAAAAUCCGGCAGUUUUUUGUGGCUCCUCAACACACGUAGUUUGGAAAAAAAUCAUAAGAUUGCCAUACAUUUAAUAGAUUUUAUUUACAUAUCAAAUGAAAUAAAACAAAGAGUUUUUUUAUAAGUCC